AGUUUGUUGGUUUCACUACGGCUGUGGGCCACGGUUAGCCCCAACCACCCGACUAGUGUACGUUACACUCUCCGUGCGCGAAGGUUCGUCGCUUGUCUACGCUGCACUAGUGAAGUCUUUCGUUGAAAUUUUCUGUUGGUAGUACAAUUUGAUGUUUUCUUUAUCUUUAUGUUUACGCUUUUGGAAAAACCUCCCGCAGCUAGUGGCGUUUAUUAGUGCAACAGUGUGCAAAGUGUUUGCCUGUUAGUGCAGUGUUUUUCUUGCCUAUGUCUAUGGGUAGCUCCUAUCGAUAUUCAAUUAAAAAGCGCAUUUUUCAUCGCUCAUUUUGCGAAAGUUGCAUUUUGCCACUUUCAUUCAGUGGUUACUAUGUUAUGCUGCGUUUUUUGUAUGAUAAAUAAGCAGCAGUGCAGUGACUCUUUUUGUUUUUUUGCUUGCUGUUAUCGUCGCCGCUCAGCUGGUUAUUGCUUAACACUGAAAAAUGUUAUAAUAAGAAGAAAAGGCUGCCAAGAAUACGAACCCAAGUACAUAGCGUAAAAUUGGUAAAUUCACAAAUGCUAUGCAAAAUUUUCAUCAUGCUAUAAUCGUUAGUUCAAAGCUGUCUACUUCUGGUGGUGUGUGACAGCAGCUGAGGGAGAAAAAGAAGGAAAAAAAAUCAUAUUCAACUGAACCUGUUGAUCGCAAAGUGUCAACCUGCUCUCUGAAAGCUCUCCCGAGAUAUUCAUGUGUGUGACUGCUGUUGGUGACUUGUAAAUAAUAAAACGAUUCGAUUGGAUGAUGGAAGGCAAAGGUACAUACAUACUGGCAAAACAUAUUUUUACAUAAUUCACUUUCAUCAAGUUUGUUGCAAUAUUUUUUCACGAAUUCAAUUUUGAAAAAUAAGAAACAAAAGAAUCGAUUUUUGUUUUCCCCCGAGAGUAAACCGAAAUUUGCUGUGCAUGAAUCCUCUCCGUAGCAUAAGCUGCAUGGAAGAAAUGCAGUGCACCAAAGCAGAUGGAGUGAAGUAGUCACAAACCCCCCAUACCGGAGGAAGGAAGAGGAAUGUGAUGCUUUUCACUGUAAUUAUCGCACAUUUUUUGAAGUGCAUUGCAUCGUUUAGUAACAUCUCAGCGAGUAUCGGUGUGAGUGAGAUGCAAAGUGCAAGGAGAGUGAGUGUGCAAUAGUGGAUGUUGUUUGCUGAACAAGGAACCAGAAAACCAGCUUUCGGUGGCGAGCUGAGAAAUAUGUAUGUGCGGGGUGGACGGCAUUAACACGAGUCGCGGACCAAAUGUGGAUCUAUAGCCGUCGAGACUGCGGCGAGCUGGUUGUUUGGUGGCAGGUGGCUCGUUCUUUUGCAAUUGGAAAAACCGCUGAUUCUCCGCCAGUCCGAGGGGUUGGCAAGAGGAUGCAGAUUUUGGAGACUGUCUGAUUGUCACGAGCAAGCAGACGAGGUGGCUCAUCGACAGAAUUAGAAAGAAGGUUUUGCCACCCACAUCACGGCGACGAACUGACAAUGCGAUGGAUUGCUACUGCGCGACAAGUGUUGUUGUAUAGCCGUUACCAAGCUUAAUUGGAGUUGGAUUUUGAAAACCAUCAGCAACUCCCACCUCGGACGUUAAAAACGAGUAAAAAAAUCGAGUUCUGCUAGUAACAUUGCGAAAAACAAAACUGUGUCAUUCUCCAGCCAACCAACUGCUGCCCGACAGCCAGAGAUUGCCGCAGUUCCAGCCAGAGAAGUGUCACGCACUGCCCUAGUGACCGAAAGUUGUCACCGUCGUCGGUCGAUAGCGGCAGCGGUGACCCACUGCCUGGUGAGACACGAAAAGGUUUUUCGCGUGGUUAAAAUAGCAUAAUUUCCAUGCAACUUUAUGGAACUCGAACCGUACAGAUAUAGGAGCCCGAAUGAAAAGAGCGAAUAAAUCGCGAAAAAGUGACCGUUGCCAAGUGAAUGAAAAAAGUUGAAGGUGAUAUUUUUGUUUGUGUGCCGUAUUUUUCUUCUUCCUUCAUCUGAUCGAGAUUGUGCCCGUGGCUGCUGCCCGCAUGGAUUCCGAACGAAACGUGAAUCGAGCGAUAAGGGGCAUAAACGGUAGUGGGAACGCGAGCAUGGCGAGCGGAAAAUGCAACCAGUGCAGUAGUGCCAGUGGCCGACUGCCGGAAAAUGUGACACAAUCGAAUUGCCGCAUUUCUUUUCUCUGUGUUUCGUUUUCAUAGCGUCAUUUUCUUAGAUAUUUUUUUUCUGAAAAAUUGUAUAAUCGAUUGGCGUGUGAAUAGUCAGCCGGAAAAAGGCAUGCGUUUCGCGAGACCAUAGCCGAGUGUGUUUGAAUUGCAUAUUUGAUUAGCGAACAGUUCUGAGUUUUUUGUUGAGCAUUUGAUAUCGAAACCUGCCGAAAUUAACCUUAACUCAAACAGUUUAGUACCCACGAGGGUUUCGUGAACAAUUGUUCUGAACGAGUUGACGGAAGCGAAAAUUGGCGAAACAUGAAAUUUUGGAACGGUCACGUUGUGGAUAGAGAUAAAUCGGAGUUCUAGUGUGAAGGAUCGUGAGAGAAGCCCUUCAUCUCAAACGCGAAGUAAAGUUGCCGGUGGGGAAACAUUUCACUCCUCGGAGCUACCUCUCUAUGGCCAGCGGAUGUAAAAAGGUGCGUAUCAACCCACCGAAUUGGUUCAGACUCGGGUAAACGCGAUAAACAAGUUGACGUAAACACACACACUCUUUGUCGCUCCACUACGCAGUGCGGCGGACGGCGGCACGGUAGCCUGCGGCACUGCUUGCGACAAGUGCUGGUCCUCCUGUCUUCGCGCUGUGGUCGGUCACUCACAAUGAUGAUAUGUGAAGGAAGUCAUUUUAACAGUGGGUGAUGCAAAACUAAUUGAUUCGAGAGCAUGAUUUUGAUGAAUUGACGCUUUGAGUUGUUGCGGGUGCGCGAUGAGAUGACAUUGAUAGCCGCGAUGGGUAAAGAGAUGCGGCGUAGAUCUAGAAUGAAGGUUCUGAAAAUUUUGCAGUCAUUCUCGCAAGGGACAUUUAUAGCAUUUGUACUGCUGCUUUUGUACUGUGGGCGGAGUCUAGCAGAACCUGGCUAUUUAGACUUUGAUAACCUGCCGGAGACUAAUUUCACGUGCGCUGGAAAAGUAAUCGGUGGAUACUAUGCCGACCUGGAAGCAUCCUGCCAAAUGUUCCAUGUAUGUACCAUCGGACAAGGCGAUGAACCGAUGGACAUCAAGUUCCUCUGCCUCAACGGCACGGUUUUCGAUCAGGAAACACGUGUUUGCGAACGCGUGGACGAAGUCGAUUGCACCAAGUCGGAAAGGUUCUAUUAUUUGAAUCUCGAACUGUACGGAAAUACUAUCAUUCCGGCCCCGGAGGAGAGCAGUUCAGAGGAUGCUUCCAGUAGUGCCAGUAGUCCAUCGUCAACGACUAGCACAACGACUACAACGACGACAACAACAACCAGAAGGCCAACAAUGACAACGCCAUCGCGUAGAUUUGUCUUUAACAAUAGUAAAGGAACUCCAGUUGGGCCAUCUAGCACUCCAACCACUCCAAACCAUUCCUAUUUGUCUUCCACCUCGAAGACACCGGAGGAGGAUGAAGAAUACGAAUAUGAUGAUGACUACGAAGAGAAGGGCGAUCCGAGCGGUGGUAAUCAUCAACUACCAACAAUCGAAGAUGAUGGAUCCUUUUCGCCUCAGCAGUUUACGCUGCAACAACAAAGCCAGAAAAAUCAACCAAAACCGGAAGACCCCGCCAAACCUGGCAAUAAACCGGCCGUGUCCUUCCAACAGCAACAUUUCCAAAAUGGCGGAACGCUGGCUGUGACCAACUCGCAUGUGACUGUCACCACGCACACUACUAGCAAUAAUUCCAGUAGUCCCAAGAAAAGCUCCCAGCAGUUCAAUUUGUCGCAGAAGGAGAAAAUAGUGCUCGAGCAUCAGAAAGCCCAGCAACAGCAAGCUUUCCUCCAGCAACAGAUGAUCGCAAAGCAACACGAAGAACUGCAGAAGAAACAGCAGGAAGCUGCUGUUCAACAGCAGCAGAAGGCUAUUCAGCAGCAGCAGAUGCAGGUACAACAGCACGAAUCCGAGAUCAAGAAUCAUCAGGCGCUGCUGAUUUUGCAUCAACAGAAAAUUGCACGCCAGCAGCAGAAACAAACUCCUACCACAACGAGACCUCCGAUUUACAACCCGUACAUCACUAUUAAUCCUCAACAGCAGCAGCAAACUCAUGCACCAAAGAGAAUCCCGCUAUUGCCGGCGGCAUCCCCCCUCGGAUCAUCAUCGCAGUCCCAAGAAAUGCAACAUCACCAACAACCGCCUAGUGCGUCGCAGCUGGCACCUUUUCGACUGCGUGCUCAAGGCUUCAGACUUCCCUCCCAACAACGGCCUGACAUGUACGAACAGGAGGAUCGUUUCGAAGGAUAUCGAAGGCAGCCACCCCCACAGGUAGGACGACACGAGGUCUCCUUGCAUCUACCCUUUGAAGACUACCGGCACCAGAAAGACAUAUCGCUCGAGUUCGACACUGAGGAGGAAGACCUCACCCAAAUCCCUCAGCACAAGGAACUCAAACGAUCCGAUCCACCGUUCCACAGUUCGAUCCAUGGUAACAACACACCACCGCCACCUACCGUCAAAACGCAGGCCGGAAAGCAGGCCACGGCCGCAACAGCGGAUGCUGCAAUGAAACCUAGCGAGUCCAAACCAGUGACCGCGGCAUCUCCGGAACCGAGCAGUUUCCAGGACGAUAACGUUGAGUACGAUGACUACGAAGACUACAGCUCCGAAGUGGCCCCGGAACCAGCCAAGAAUCCUAGUUUAGAUAAUGUUAAGUCAAACACAAAUAGCGAAAUUGUAGUGGCAAGCAAGCGCUCCGGGGAAGAUCAGCUCAGCACUCACUUGGCUAGCACCGGUGGCCUUACUAGUAAGUCAAGCAAUCCAAGUAGCAGUAGUAGUAGUAGUAUUAGUAGCAGUGUCAGCAGUAGUAGCAAUAACUCUAAGAAUAAAAACAACACUAGUAGAUUUAUCAUCAAUAACGAACACCACAAGAGUCCAACCAGUUCGUACAGUCGAGGUCGCCUCGAUCUCCUGCACGACAGCCGAUCAUCCGCAGUACCUCGAACGCGGCCGAACUACUACGUUCAGUCACCAAAGGUGAUCGUCACGACUAGCACCUCCAUUCGGGACAACAAUGGGCGGACAAUCAACUAUUCCGUCAGUAGCAGCAAUCGGUCUGCGACAUCGACGACCGCUUCGAGCCAGCUGACAGCCGCCAAAGGCCAAUCUGAGUCCACUCGAGCUUACGAUGAGUACAAGGAGGACGAUGUCCGGUCGGAUCCGUUCUUUCUUGAUGUACCAAAAGUAGGAACCAGUGCCUCCGGACGGACGAAACGACAGACGCCGGUUCAGCGGAAACGGAAGAAACAGUUCGUGUAUAUUGUUCCUCGAUUUAUGUGACAAAACCUUCCCAAAAAAAGCAUACAGAACAUUCCCGAUAUGAUAUUUCAACGAAACUACCAAGAAACGCCAACAAGAUUGACCCUAGUUAUUAAUGUAGGAAAAAAGUAAUGUUGUUCAAAUAUUCCGUGUAAAUAUACUGAGCUUCAAGCAACACACAAAUCACGAUGAUAUAAAAAUACUCAAUUACUUUUAGUAUCGGUUAAAAAGACACGUUUCCUUUAAGCUCCAAAUUUGUACAUUAAACAUGCAAACGUGCGAUUGUGUCGUAAGUUUGGGUUUCUGGAACGGUUUUCUCUAAACAAUGAAAGUUUGUAAAAAUAAAUUUGUAUAACAUUAUUUUAAUCUGAAUCUUAAUUAGCUAAUUUAAUUCUUAAAAUUUCUCGAUCUAAUGAUUAAGUCCUGUACAGAACAUAAAUAAGCUAAAUCACUGUAAGCAACAUUUAAGCAAACAAACGUGUAUGAACAAGUUAUGAACAUUUGACGGUAACGAGCAUGAGCAUUGAAGAUAAAUCGAACACCUAAACUGGAGUCUGUAUACAAUAAAAAUGUAUGUUAGACAAACUCUGAGCAAGACAACGGCGGAUACCCCGGUAUUGCAUAGCAACACGACAAUACGAUUGGCAGUUAAGUGGGCUCUGUUUUUUGGUAGUCUCAAAUGAUCCAAAAUUCAAUUUCUGCUGCUGUUCUUGUUCUAUGAGUUUUUCUUAUGUAUAUAACUACUUUGACCUAAACUAUUUGUGUAAAGAUUUGUUGUUAAGAGAAUAAAGCAACAAUAAUGUCUACAGUUGUA